AUGGACGUCUUGGUUCACGCAAGAGUGCACGUAGAAAAAGGACUUAUUCAUGUUCAAGCAAGCUUCAACAAUACCAUUGUGACUGUUACAGAUGUAAGGGGUCGGGUGGUUUAUUGGGCCUCCGCCGGUACUUGUGGAUUCCGGGGUACAAGAAGAGGGACACCGUUUGCUGCUCAAACUGCAGCGGGAAAUGCUAUUCGUACAGUAGUGGAGCAAGGUAUGCAACGAGCGGAAGUGAUGAAAAAGGGUCCUGGUCUCGGAAUCCCAUCUUCCAGGGUCAGGAGCCACGGAGCCAGAAGACCGUUCGACGAUCCUACUUCUGAUGUCAUCCCCUUCUGUUCCCUCCCUGUUGAAUAUCCCAACUAUUCUCUAUCAAUUCCGGGAUGGAUCAUGAAAGAUUUUGUCUUGAAAUGCCGAUAA